CUUACUGAGUUGAGACAUUGACCAAUGAACAAUCAGGUUUUUCAGAUCAAAGAUGGCGUUUGUAUUGUGAACUGAUUGUGAAGCUUCGGAGCUAUAAACAAGCACCUUUUUUUGUAUUGAAAACUUAAUAAGCCAGGAUGAAGGUGGUCAAUCUGAAGCAAGCCAUUCUGCAGGCAUGGAAGGAGCGCUGGAGUGAUUAUCAGUGGGCCAUCAACAUUAAGAAAAACUUUCCAAAAGGAGCAACAUGGGACUACCUGAACCUAGCAGAGGCCCUGAUGGAGCAGGCGAUGAUUGGUCCCUCUCCAAACCCACUGAUUUUGUCAUACCUCAAAUAUGCUAUAAGCUCUCAGAUGGUAUCUUAUUCCAGCAUCCUUACAGCCAUUAGCAAAUUUGAUGAUUUUUCUCGGGAGCUGUGUGUCAAGUCUCUGUUGGAGAUAAUGGACAUGUUUUGCCAUCGUCUCAGCUGUCACGGGAAAGCAGAAGAAUGCAUUGGGCUGUGUCGAGCCCUGCUGGGAGUGGUUGUUUGGCUGCUGCAGGGCUGUGCUUGGUACUGUGAGAAGCUGAGAGAACUUGGACCAUCAGCCAGUACAGAGGCGAGUCUGAGGGCCUGCCAGGAGAGGCUUCACAGUUUGAUGAAUAGCAACAAGAACAGAGCACUUAUCCACAUUGCAAGGCUGGAGGAACAAGGGUCUUGGAGCAAUGUUGAGCAAUCAAUGCUCAAAGUCACAGAAGGCCUGAGCUGCAUAUCUAACCAGACACUGAGAACCAAAUUAGAGGACAGCUUGGCAUUAGUGAGAGGUAUUCCUAUGAUGCUGUCUGUGCAGUGCGACCCUCAGCUACAUUCAUCUUUCCCAUCCAUCCACGCCUUAAUUAUGCUGGAAGGGACGAUGAAUCUGACAGGAGAGACACAGCCACUGGUGGAGCAGCUGAUGAUGAUUAAGAGAAUGCAGCGAAUUCCUACUUCUAUGUUUGUCCUGGAGAUCUGGAAGGCCUGCUUCACUGGCCUGAUUGAGUCACCAGAGGGCACAGAGGAGCUGAAAUGGACUGCAUUCACAUUUCUCAAAAUUCCACAAGUUCUUCUGAGACUUAAGAAGUAUCCUCAGGGUGACAAGGACAAGGACUUCAUGGAGGAUGUUAAUAUUGCAUUUCAGUACCUACUCAAGCUUACACCACUCCUGGACAAAGCUGAUCAGAGAUGCAACUGUGACUGCCUCGGCAUGCUCCUACAGGAGUGUAACAAGCUUGGUCUGCUGUCAGAUUCAAACACAGGAUGCCUCACUUCAAAACGGGAGUUCUCCCCAAGGCAAAAGACAGCUGAAAAUGCAAACAUUCAAACCAACCCGGGCCUCAUCCUGAGAGCAGAGCCCACUGUCACCAACAUUCUCAAGACAGUAGAUGCAGACCACUCUAAGUCCCCUGAGGGUCUUUUGGGAGUCCUGGGACACAUGUUGUCUGGAAAGAGCCUAGAUCUGCUUUUAGCUGCAGCAGCAGCCACUGGGAAGCUCAAAUCCUUUGCCCGGAAGUUUAUUAAACUCAAUGAGUUUCCAAAGCACAUCAGCGGGGAAGGAUCUAAGUCUGCAUCAGUACGGGCCCUGCUGUUUGAUAUAUCCUUCCUGAUGCUGUGCCAUGUCGUGCAGACUUAUGGAUCAGAGGUGAUUUUAUCAGACCCCAGCCCAUCAGGAGAGACGCCUUUCUUUGAAACAUGGCUGCAGACAUGCAUGCCUGAGGAGGGCAAGACUCUGAACCCAGACCACCCCUGCUUCAGACCAGAGCCUGGCAAGGUGGAAAGCCUGGUCACCCUACUGAACAACUCUUCUGAGAUGAAACUAGUUCAAGUGAAAUGGCACGAAAUCUGUCUCAGCACUCCAGCAGCCAUUCUGGAAGUCCUGAACGCGUGGGAGAAUGGAGUUCUUUCUGUGGAAGCAGUGCAGAAAAUCACAGAUAACAUCAAGGGAAAGGUUUGCAGUAUGGCUAUAUCCGCAGUUGCCUGGCUGGUGGCCCACGUCAGGAUGCUGGGCAGGGAUGAGAGGGAGAAGCCUCAGACAAUGAUACGACAGCUGGUGACCCCGCUGUACGGGGAGAACACGCUGCAGUUUUACAAUGAACGUGUGAUAAUUAUGAGUUCCAUCAUGGAGCACAUGUGCGACGUCUUCCAGCAAACGGCCGCGACCCUGCGCCCAGUUGAGGGCCAGGAGCCGAUCCCUUACCGCAACCUGCUGCCUGCCAAAGACCCCAUCCAAGUGGCCCUGAGCAAGCAGUUCCAGACAGUGCUGCGCAAAGGCUUGGACAGCCGGGCCCUGCAUCUGUUCGAGAGUCUCCUCAACAUGGGAGGAGUGUUCUGGUUCACAAAAAAUCUGGUUAAGAUGUUGCUGAAGGAGACUCGACAGGAGUGGGCUAAUCGUGCGGUAGAGUUACUCUACAGCAUCUUCUGCCUGGACACUCAGCAGAUCACCCUCACACUGCUGGGAACCAUCCCUGAACUGCUCACUGACUCUGCCCACUGGAACAGCCUGGCAGACCCCCCUGGGAAGGCCCUGGCAAAGUUGUCUGUGUGGUGUGCGCUCAGCUCUUUCUCCUCAUCAUCACAAAGGCUCGUUCUCCGCUCAGCCAGCGCAAAAGACAGAGAGAAAGACAUCGAGGACUACAACAGCCUCUUUCCCCUGGAUGACACUCAGCCAUCUAAACUCAUGCGUCUGCUCAGCUCCAACGAGGACGAGCCUGUAGCCCUCUCCAGUCCAGGAGACCGAUCCAUGAGUAGUUCCCUCUCUGCGUCCCAGCUCCACACUGUCAACAUGAGGGACCCCCUCAACAGAGUCCUAGCCAACCUCUUCCUCCUCAUUUCCUCCAUCGUGGGCUCCAAGAUGGCGGGACCUCACACCCAGUUCGUACAGAGUUUUAUGGAGGAGUGUGUCGACUGCCUGGAGCAGGGGAGCCGUGGAAGCAUCCUGCAGUUCAUGCCCUUUACGAUGGUUUCAGAGCUGGUGAAGCUGCCCGCUUUGUCCAAACCUAAAGUGGUCUUAGCCAUCACAGACCUAUCUCUGCCGCUAGGAAGGAGAGUUGCCGCCAAAGCCAUCUCUGCUUUGUAACUGUGGUUUUAAGAUUACUUCCUGUUGGCGAAGUAUUGACAGAGCAGAAAAAAACAUUGUGAGUUGUAUUCUGGUGAGAGAUGCUCUGAAAUCGGCUGGAUGUUUUACAUAAAGGAGUAGUCUAAACUUCAUAUUGUCUAUAAACAUGUACCUGUCAACACUGUUAUGCUGUUUUUUAUGUUCUUUUUCACACUUCAAGAAAUGUGUAAAUACCUUUUUAAAAUAAAAAAGUAAACAUCUCUCUUC